GCGGGGUCUCGCGCGCGCUGUGGCGGCAGCGGCUGGAGGGGGCCCGCGGUGGCAGGACCGGGGGCGGCCGCUGCAGCCCGGACCCCCCAUGGUGCGCGGCGGCGGCCAGGCCGCAGGAGGAGCCCGAGGCCCCGGCCUCCCAGGCUGACCGCGCGGACCCGAGCGGCCCGGAGCCGCCGCCAUCCGUCCGGCCCCGCUGGGGCGCGGGCUGGCCCGCCAUGGGGUCCCUAUUCCGGAGCGAGACCAUGUGCCUGGCGCAGCUGUUCCUGCAGUCCGGCACGGCCUACGAGUGCCUCAGCGCCUUGGGCGAGAAGGGCCUGGUCCAGUUCCGAGACCUCAACCAGAAUGUAAGUUCCUUCCAAAGAAAAUUUGUCGGUGAGGUGAAGAGGUGUGAAGAACUAGAACGGAUAUUAGCGUAUUUGGUGCAGGAAAUUAAUAGAGCCGACAUUCCCCUUCCGGAGGGAGAGACCAGUCCUCCUGCACCACCUCUUAAACAAGUCCUGGAGAUGCAGGAGCAGCUGCAGAAGCUGGAGGUUGAGCUGAGAGAAGUCACCAAGAACAAGGAGAAGCUGAGGAAAAACUUGCUGGAGCUGAUCGAGUACACUCACAUGCUCAGGGUGACAAAAACCUUCGUUAAACGGAACGUGGAGUUUGAACCCACUUAUGAAGAAUUCCCUCCCUUAGAGAAUGAUUCCUUGUUGGACUACAGCUGUAUGCAGAGGCUGGGAGCAAAACUGGGAUUUGUAUCUGGCCUAAUUAACCAAGGAAAAGUGGAAGCAUUUGAGAAAAUGCUGUGGAGGGUCUGCAAAGGGUAUACCAUUGUGACCUAUGCAGAGCUGGAUGAGCCCCUCGAGGACCCUGAAACGGGAGAAGUUAUAAAGUGGUAUGUGUUUUUAAUAUCCUUUUGGGGAGAGCAGAUUGGCCACAAAGUUAAGAAGAUAUGUGAUUGUUACCACUGCCACGUUUACCCCUACCCGAACACUGCUGAGGAGCGGAAGGAGAUCCAGGAGGGACUGAACACCCGGAUUCAGGAUCUUUACACUGUGCUUCACAAAACCGAGGACUAUUUAAGGCAAGUGCUGUGUAAAGCCGCCGAAUCCGUCUACAGCCACGUCAUCCAGGUGAAGAAGAUGAAGGCCAUUUACCACAUGCUGAACAUGUGCAGCUUCGAUGUGACCAACAAGUGCCUCAUCGCCGAGGUCUGGUGUCCCGAGGCCGACCUGCACGACCUGCGCCGGGCGCUCGAGGAUGGCUCGAGAGAGAGCGGUGCUACGAUCCCCUCAUUUAUGAACACGAUCCCAACAAAAGAAACACCCCCAACUCUCAUCCGCACCAACAAGUUCACCGAGGGGUUUCAGAACAUCGUGGACGCCUACGGAGUUGGGAGCUACAGAGAAGUGAACCCAGCUCUCUUCACCAUCAUCACUUUCCCCUUUUUGUUCGCCGUGAUGUUCGGAGACUUUGGACAUGGCUUUGUGAUGUUCUUAUUUGCCCUCUUGCUGGUGUUGAAUGAAAACCAUCCCAGACUAAAGCAGUCACAGGAGAUCAUGCGCAUGUUUUUCAACGGCCGCUACAUCCUGCUGCUGAUGGGGCUGUUCUCGGUGUACACGGGCCUCAUCUACAACGACUGCUUCUCCAAGUCGGUCAACCUGUUCGGCUCUGGCUGGAACGUGUCCGCCAUGUACAGCUCCAGCCACGCCCCGGCGGAGCGCAGGAGGAUGGUGCUCUGGAAUGACUCCGUCGUCAGGCGCAGCAGGGUUUUGCAGUUGGACCCGAGUGUUCCUGGAGUGUUCCAAGGCCCUUAUCCUCUUGGCAUCGAUCCCAUUUGGAACUUGGCCACAAACCGUCUCACUUUUCUAAACUCUUUCAAAAUGAAAAUGUCUGUGAUUUUAGGAAUUAUUCACAUGACUUUUGGAGUCAUUCUGGGAAUAUUUAACCACUUGCAUUUCCGGAAGAAGUUCAAUAUUUAUUUGGUUUCCGUCCCGGAACUUCUCUUCAUGCUCUGCAUCUUUGGGUACCUCAUCUUCAUGAUUAUCUAUAAGUGGCUGGUGUACUCGGCCGAAACCUCCAGAGUUGCCCCGAGCAUUCUGAUCGAAUUUAUCAACAUGUUUUUAUUCCCGGCUAGUGAAACAAAUGGCCUGUACACAGGGCAGGAGCACGUGCAGAGACUGCUGCUGGCUGUCACCGCGCUGUCUGUCCCCGUCCUCUUCCUGGGAAAACCGCUCUUCUUGUUGUGGUUGCACAACGGGCGCAGCUGCUUUGGAGUGAGCAGGAGUGGUUACACGCUUAUAAGAAAAGACAGCGAGGAGGAGGUUUCUCUGCUGGGAAGCCAAGACAUAGAAGAAGGAACUAACCAGAUGGAAGAUGGAUGCAGAGAAAUGACAUGUGAAGAGUUUAAUUUUGGAGAAAUAUUAAUGACCCAAGUGAUUCAUUCCAUCGAGUACUGCCUGGGAUGCAUCUCCAACACCGCUUCCUACCUGAGGCUCUGGGCUCUCAGUUUGGCUCAUGCACAGUUGUCUGACGUCCUGUGGACCAUGCUGGUGCGCGUGGGCCUCCGAGUGGACACCACGUACGGAGUCCUGCUGCUGCUUCCGGUUAUCGCGCUCUUUGCAGUUUUGACAAUUUUCAUCCUUUUGAUCAUGGAAGGCCUUUCUGCAUUUCUUCACGCCAUACGCCUCCACUGGGUAGAAUUUCAGAACAAGUUCUACGUUGGUGCAGGCACCAAAUUUGUUCCUUUCUCAUUCAGACUGCUUUCGUCGAAAUUCAGUGACGACGUGGCAUGAUCGCGUUGCCGUACCUAACAAGCUGUCAGAUUUAUGGAGAAUUAUCAUGUUACAGAAUUUCAUUUACGUCAGAUUUACGAUAGGAAAAAUUCCGUCUUCAUUGAUUGCCUUAUGAUAUAGCCAAAUAAUUCUGUAAGAUAUACCUCUUCCUCUGUUAAAUAUUUUGUAAAGUUUAUCAACUUCAGAUCUCUAAAUUUCUUUCAGUUUUUACAAUGAGCAAAUAUAAGUCAAGGCCCAAAGUUACGUUUAAGUUUUUUUUAAAAUACAGGCUUGGGGGAGAGAAGCAGUUUUGAACGGCUCAUUGAAAAUGGUCUUAGAUACUCAAUUCCUUUUCACCCUAUUAAAAAAAAAAAGUCAUUCUGUUGCUUGACGUUGUCAGAUAAUAUUUUCCAACAGCUGAGGUUAAGUAUAGUUUUUUAAAAAAUUUAAUGACGGAUAAUCAAAAGAUUCACGUUCUGCCUGAUUACAAGUAUGUAAACAUUUUUUUACUGUAUGCUGUCUAGGCCUGCAAGUAGGGGACUGUUUCUACAAUUUUGUCCUGUUUUAAUAAUUGGGGAAAAUGGGAUAAAAUAACGAACAACAGAUGGUUAUCCCACUUGUAUAUUUUUAAAAAUAUUCUAAUCCUGUUAUCCUUAUGUAAAGCCAAUUAUGAUAAUUGUAUGUUUGAAAGAUAAAACUGUAUCCUGAGCCUUAAAACCCAGCGUGACUGUAGAAGAUACAAUGUGGAUGUGAUUUGAACUUAGAGACCAGCUUAGCUGAUGUCACUGAUGUUACUGAACCAAAAGGGGUUUAUAAUGAGUGAAGGGAAGAGCAAAAAGUAGUGUUUUGUAUAUUUUUAUAACAAAAUAUAAAUUAAGAUAUUUUACCAUGAAGAGAUUGCACCUCGAGAACAGUAUGAUUAUAAUUUUUUACUUUCAGACUAAUUCUAAAUAAAGGUCUGAUAAAAGAAUUUAGAGUUAAUUUAAACUUUCAAA